UUCCAAACUUGGAAACAAAGAAAACCCCAAAACUCUCCAAUAUUCCCCUUCUCACCCCCUUUUUAUUCCACCAUCAUCUCCUUCUUCUCCCAAACCCUACGCUCCUCUCCGUCGUUACCUUCCCCCAAUCGACACCGCACUGCUUCCUCUCUUCCGCCGCCACCAUGUCGUACCGCCCUACCGGCAACUCCAGGACCGAGGUCCGUCGCAGUCGGUACAAGGUUGCGGUGGACGCUGAAGAAGGUCGCAGACGCCGUGAGGACACCAUGGUCGAGAUCCGCAAGAAUCGCAGGGAGGAGAGCUUGUUGAAGAAGAGACGCGAGGGUCUCCAGCCUCAGCAGCAAGUUCCUUCCGCCGCUCACUCCACUGUCGUCGAGAAGAAGUUGGAACACCUCCCAGCCAUGGUUGCGGGUGUUUGGAGUGAUGACAAUAGCAUGCAGCUUGAAUCCACGACGCAGUUUCGCAAGCUGCUUUCGAUUGAACGUACUCCGCCGAUUGAGGAGGUUAUACAGUCUGGUGUAGUUUCCCGCUUUGUCGAGUUUCUGAUGAGGGAAGACUUUCCGCAAUUGCAGUUUGAGGCAGCUUGGGCUUUGACAAAUAUAGCUUCGGGAACAUCGGAAAACACCAAGGUGGUGAUUGAUCAUGGGGCUGUCCCGAUUUUUGUGCAGCUUCUCGCUUCUCCUAGUGAUGACGUCCGUGAACAGGCAGUGUGGGCAUUAGGAAAUGUUGCUGGGGAUUCUCCUAGAUGCCGUGAUCUUGUUCUUGGUAAUGGGGCUUUGAUUCCUCUGUUGGCACAAUUGAAUGAACACGCCAAACUUUCUAUGCUAAGAAAUGCUACCUGGACACUUUCAAACUUCUGCAGGGGCAAGCCACAGCCUCCAUUUGAUCAGGUUAAACCUGCACUUCCUGCUCUCACUAGUCUAAUCCAUUCAAACGAUGAAGAGGUAUUGACUGAUGCCUGUUGGGCACUUUCAUAUCUUUCUGAUGGUACAAAUGAUAAAAUUCAAGCUGUCAUUGAAGCUGGUGUGUGCCCCCGGCUUGUUGAGCUGCUACUGCACCCAUCUCCUUCAGUGCUCAUUCCUGCUCUUCGCACUGUUGGAAAUAUUGUCACUGGAGAUGAUAUGCAAACUCAGGUUAUAAUUAACCAUCAGGCUCUUCCUUGCCUUUUGAAUCUGUUGGCCAGUAAUUAUAAAAAAAGCAUUAAAAAGGAAGCUUGUUGGACCAUAUCAAACAUCACAGCUGGGAAUAAACAACAAAUUCAGUCUGUGGUUGAGGCCAAUAUAAUUGGUCCUUUGGUGAACCUGCUUCAAAAUGCUGAGUUCGAUAUCAAAAAAGAGGCUGCGUGGGCUAUCUCAAAUGCUACAUCUGGUGGCGCUCAUGAACAAAUCAAGUACCUAGUGAGUCAAGGGUGUAUCAAGCCCUUGUGUGAUCUUCUUAUCUGUCCUGAUCCUAGGAUCGUCACAGUUUGUCUGGAAGGCCUUGAAAACAUCCUGAAGGUAGGAGAAGCUGAUAAAAAUACAGGCAAUUCUGGGGACGUGAAUCUAUAUGCCCAAAUGAUUGAUGAUGCUGAGGGGUUGGAGAAAAUUGAGAACCUUCAGAGUCAUGACAACACAGAGAUUUAUGAAAAGGCAGUGAAGAUUCUUGAAACGUACUGGUUGGAGGAAGAAGAUGAGACUAUGCCUCCAGGGGAUGCUGCUGCUCAAUCAGGGUUCAACUUUGGGGGCACUGAGGUUCCUUCUGUGCCUUCCGGUGGAUUCAACUUCAAUUAGAAGAUAUUUAUUCUUAUACAGGGGCAACAUCUCAUAUUUGGCCUUUUCUGGAUUGUCUGCGAAUUUCCGAACGAAAUUAGUCAAUUACGUUUUGACAAUUGCCAUGUUUAUGUUUUCUUCAAUUGUUCAAACACUAUUGGGAACUUUGUCAACUGCAGGAGUUUUGGCUGGUCUACCAGUAAAGUCCUCCAGUUUUAUGGGACUACAGUUGAGGGGUUAGGUCAAUGUCUUGUCGCUGUCCUUGAGUCCAACAAGGUUCAGCAUUGGUAAAUACUAAAUAGAGUGUUGCUGGACUGGCUUGGGAUUUUGCAAUGCCUGGUUUUUCCUAUCUUAUGUUGUGACAGAUGCGUGGUAGCUUGAUUUUUUCGCCACCUUAGAGAAUACUAGACUUCUCUGUCUGCCUAGUGAUCAUUCAAUAUAAAAUUGUUUAUUCUGGAGAAUUUCAUUUGUUAAAUGUAAUAGAUUGGAGUCAGUAAGUUUCAGUUA